UAGUAAAAUUUUGUUUACAUUGUGGUCACGAUAUGUUAGGUCAUGAAUGAGCUUCUUUACUACUGUGUGAAAGAUUAUUAAGACUAUUCCAAAACUCAAGGGGUUCUAAUGAGACUGGUAAAAUUAUUUGGACAUUUUCAUAAGCUCCUUCUGACUCUUCAGAUAUAUUAUCAUGGUCUCUUCAAAAUUUUUCAUUCAGCAAAUAUGCAUUAUAUCUGGUAUCUCAGAAUCCUUUACAUUAAAAGUGUUAUAGUUUGUAAUUCUAAUUCCUCCAAUUCCCCUUCUUCAGGAUUGUUUCAGAGCAAGUCUGCAGCCUGGAUCCAUGGAUAAGGUCAAUUCAUCGGUGGUGUCUGAGUUUGUAUUACUGGGACUCUCUAGUUCUCAGGAGCUCCAGCUCUUCUUUUUCGUUUUCUUCUCUGUGUUAUAUGUGGUCAUUGUGCUGGGAAACCUUCUCGUUAUCCUCACAGUGACUUCUGACAACAGCCUGCACUCUCCCAUGUACUUUCUCUUGGGAAACCUUUCCUUUGUGGACAUCUGUCAGGCUUCCUUUGCUACUCCUAAGAUGAUUGCUGAUUUUCUGAGUGAACACAAGACCAUCUCCUUCAGUGGCUGCAUAGCUCAGAUUUUCUUCAUUCACCUUUUCACUGGAGGGGAGAUGAUGCUACUUGUCUCCAUGGCCUAUGACAGAUAUGUAGCCAUAUGCAAACCCCUGCACUAUGUCAUCAUCAUGAGACGAAGGACGUGCACUGUUCUGGUAAUGAUCUCCUGGGCUGUGGGCUUGGUGCACACACUAAGCCAGUUGUCAUUUACUGUGAAUCUGCCUUUUUGUGGGCCCAAUGUAGUCGACAGCUUUUUUUGUGACCUCCCUCGAGUGACCAAACUUGCCUGUCUGGACUCUUACAUCAUUGAAAUACUAAUUGUAGUCAAUAGCGGAAUCCUUUCCUUAAGCACUUUCUCACUCUUGGUCAGCUCUUAUAUCAUUAUUCUCAUCACUGUCUGGUUUAAGUCUUCUGCUGCAAUGGCCAAAGCAUUUUCUACUCUGGCUGCCCAUAUUACUGUAGUAAUAUUAUUCUUUGGACCUUGCAUAUUCAUCUAUGUGUGGCCCUUUACCAGCUACCCUGUGGAUAAAGUUCUUGCCAUAUUUUAUACCAUUUUCACUCCCAUUCUAAACCCCAUUAUUUAUACAUUAAGGAACAGAGAUAUGAAGACUGCUUUGAGGAAAAUUAUGACCCAUUAUUCAAGGGCCAAGAAAAUUUCUGAAAGGCCAGUAAUAGUGAGGAAUUCCCUUUAUUAA